UUAAGGCACAAUGGGCCCUGGCCAUUCUGGGGACCCCCAUUGGCUGGACAGAUGAAUGAGUGAGUUCUCUCUCCUCAGAGCCAUCGGCAGGGCACCGAGGCUCAACCUUAUGGAUUCCCAACAGGAGGACCUGAGCCUCCCUGGUGUGUGGGUCUCACUGUACUUUGGAUUCCUGGGGCUGUGUUCUGUGGCAAUCGGCAGCUGCAUUCUCUUUCUGCAUUGGAGGAAGAACCUGCGGCGGGAACAGCGUGCCCAGCAGUGGGUGGAGGUGAUGCAAGCAGCUACAUUCACCUACAGCCCUCUGUUGUACUGGAUCAACAAACGCCGGCACUACGGCAUGAACGCAGCCAUCAACACGGGGCCUCCACCUGCUGUCGGCAACCCUGAGACUGCCGUCCAGAAUCCAGAUCCUCUGUGGGAGGCCAAUGUUCCUGAAGGCAGGGGCUAUGCUGUCCAAGCCAGUGCCCCCAGGGUGGAGGCCCCUGCUCCCCUGCAGCCGGCACUCGUGGUCCCACAGCAGCCCCUACCUUCCCCAAUGCCACGGCCCCAGGCCAGCUCCCCUCUCCCGAUUCCCACCUUUCAGGAGGUUCCCUUUGCCUUAUCCCUCUGCAACCUUCCUCCUGUGGUGAACCACUCUGUCUCCUACCCUUUGGCCAGCUGUCGUAAGAUAAAUGGCCGCUUCCAUUCUCUCCCCACACUGGCCCAUGGAGACCACUGCUUCAGUGCCAAGCCUUUUGCUUCAGAAUUGUAGCCUCUUACUGAGGGUGAGAGCCACAGGGAUUGGGUAGAAUAGGAAAUGGAGACAUUGGAUACAAGCGGUCAGCUCCAUCUCGAUGUCACAUUGUGAAAGACCAAAAUAAAUGUUCCAGGCUCCCAAAUGUCUCGUUUGCCAUUUGGAA